GCACUUCUUCCGGUUUUUGUGCAUGUCUGUUCUAUGUUUAGAUCUAGAUCUAACUGGGAAAUAAGUUGAUGUUGUAACAGCAUCUGUGACAUGCAAUAGAGAUCGAAAUACUAAGCAAAAGUUACCAUGGUGAAAUUUAUUGCAACAUCAAGCUUGUUCAAAUAUACAUGGGAGCAAGUGGCAAUAGGUAUAUGGCAAAGGUACCCAAACCCCAACAGUAAACAUGUCCUUACAGAAGAUGUCAUAUCAAGGCACAUAGAGGGAGACAAAUUGAUAUCACGACGUGUACUCACAAAAACAAACAAAAUACCAAAGUGGGGAGAAAGAUUUGUAGGAAGAGACAGAAAUGUGUUAAUAGUAGAGGAAUCUAUUGUGGAUGCAAGUGAAAAAACUAUCACAACAUACACACACAACAUUGGUUUACAAAAAAUAAUGAGUAUUGAGGAAAAAUGUGUGUACAAAGUAAGUGCUGAAAAUCCAUCAUGGACCAUUUGUGAAAGAACAGCUUGGGUCUCAUCAAAGUUAUAUGGCUUGGUUAGCGCACUGGAAGCUUUUGGUGCUAAAAGAUUUUGUACCAAUGCCCAGAAGGCAUCCCUAGGCUUUGAUUAUGUGUUGACUUCCUUAUUUAGGGCAGAUCAUCUUAAAGAUCACCCACUCACAGCUGGAAGUAAAAUCAAAGAAACAGCCCGUAAAGCAGCAGAAAUUGCUAAGUCAAAAGCAGCUCCAAUUUUACCUAGAGCAGCUCCAUCAUAGUCUGAUUAUUGCAAUUAUUAGUUUUUGCUAUUCAAAUUCUGUCUCUAAAUACUGUAUGUCCACACGGUAAAAGUUAUUUACCACACAAUCAAUAGUAUGCUUUGAAAUGUGGGCCAAAAUGUUAGGAAAAAAUUAACUAGGCCAAGGUAAAUAACAAAUGCAAUGGUGCUGCUCCCCCCUUUAAAGUGUGCAAGUGUUUGGUCUUUCCUUUUUGAUUUACUGCACAAAACUUCCCCACUCUUCUGGUACACAGGAUAAAAGGUUUGGAGUUAGUUCUGCUUGCAAUUACUGGGGAUAAGUCUACCAUUUUGGUUACAGAGUUUUGUGUUUAUGGGCAUUUUUUAAAAUGCUAUUAGUCAUAAUGGCUUUGUAGAAUGUAGCAAGGUACAUCGGGUCCAAAUAGUGUACUGUAGUGGGUGAUUGAUGUAUAUAUUUUAUUACACUUCAUGAUGUUGAUACAUGAAUAAAUUUUAUUUAUUUGGAAAUGUAGACCAGUCCUAACCCAUCCAUCAGCUUGACCAAGACGGUUUGUUGUCCAAUGAAGUGAUACAUAUUUAACAUGACCCUUAUACUUACUUGUCUAAUCUGACAUUUUGAUUUUAAAAAUGUAUGAGAUGACGUUAAAAAAUUAAAUGUAAUUGAAAACUUAUUUUGAUUUUAUUGUUAAAUAUCCACCAAUAUACUCCUUAGUAUAUUGAAGCAUGUUAAGUAUUACUUAGUUAUAUUAAAAUUGUGACCUGUUUAUAAACCAAUUAAUUUAAUAAUGCUCACCCAUUGAAAUGGAUAAAAAAUAUUGAUACUCCAUCAAUAUUUAGUAUUUAAUAAUUUAAAUGGGUAAUU